AUGAUGGAAUCGCGAUGCGAGAGCGAGGUCAACAGAGGUGAUGGAGGUUUGUUGGCCAAAAAGAGGAAGAGAGGUCGACAAGCUAAGAGCUGCGUCGCGUGUCAUCGGCGGAAGCAGAAGUGCGACGGAGAGUUGCCAUGCUUCAAUUGCAGCAGACGCGACGUCGCGUCGAGCUGCACGUACAGCGAAGAGGCUGAGGCUCGCCGCCAGCAGACCUCACAAGUUCCCACCGCUCCUCUAGGCGAUGAAACGUCAGGUAGCGUCACGGAUACACAUACUACGGCCACGCACAGUAGAACCUCACCUGAACCCAGAGAUGCACAAGUGGGCAACCUCUUCCGCAGCCGAGACGCGCCCUCCUUCUUUGGCUCAUCAUAUUUCGGACCGCAGGCGGCGGCAAAAAUAAUCGAGGAGCCCGCACCGGACCUCUCAUCUGGAAUUCGCCAUGCAGCCGCUUCGGCGCAGUCUUUCCGAGAUGUCGGCGGUCCCUUCUCGCAGAUAUGGGAUCUGCUGGGCUUACUGCCUCGCAAUAAAGCCAGUGUCGACCGCCUGGUACAUGUUUUCCUUACCGAGCUGAACUGGACCAUAGACGCUAUUCAUCCUCAAUCCUUCAAACUGAAAUACGAUGAGUUUUGGGAACGCAAAUUCGGCUUUGAUGACUACGCAUCUAUCGAUCUCAGGUGGUUGGCAUUACUGUUUAUCGUCCUUGCGUACGGUGUCUUCCUUGACUGUCCCCACCCAAAGAACGGCGAAGUGCAACGUGAUCUCCAAGAGACAUCAUUACGAUUCUACUGGGCUGCGAGACGCGCUAUAGUCAUUGCACCAACGUUCUACGGAGAGUCGACAGACCUCGUCCGUGCUGGUGUCUUGGUCACACGUUACUUGAUUCAUUUGCGAAGGGUACCCGAAGCUUGGCUCACAACAAGUUUCGCAAUGCGCAUGGCUCAAGCGCAAGGUAUGCAUAUCGAUGGCGAGCGUUGGCGUCUCCCCCGUAAAGAGACUGAAACACGAAGGCGCCUGUGGAAUCAUCUUUAUACUUUGGAUAAGACUAUCGCUCUCGCCAUCGGCCGCCCAUUCGCCAUUGUUGACCAGCAGUGUUUAGUCAAAAGAGCUACCAAUGUCUGGUUGGAUGAUCAACCUGAUGAGGCCGCUUCUGCCAUCCCAGAGCUUCCGAUCUCUUCGCCUACCUUGAGCGUCUACAACUUCCUCGCGCACGACUUGGCAAAGAUCAUCGGCGACAUUCAAGAUCGCUGCUUUGGCCUCUUCACCGUUUCUUACGACACGGUCAUUUCGCUGGACCACGAGAUUGUUACAUGGGAAGCGAAGCUACCCGAAUACUAUCACUUGAAGAACCCAGAUACUUCUAUGGAUCAUGUACAUCCGUUUUUGUACUGGAACCGCUUACAUCUCCAUUCCAUGUACCAUUUCGCCCGUGUCACUCUUCACCGACCGUAUCUACUACGUCAAAGUAUCACCAAUCGCUUCAGGCAUAGUCAUGAUGCAUGCAUUUCGUCGGCAUGCGCUGACCUCGCAAUGCGCAUCGAUUACUUUCAACAACCACUGAACGACCGCCUGAAGUGGACUUUGGGUCCUCACCAACUCUUCAACAGUGCCUUAGUGCUCGGUAUCAUUGCUGUCAAGGAUCCACACUCGCCCAAAUGCCGUGCGAUAUUAGAAGACCUUACUGCGUACUGUGAUAUGCAGAGAGCUGACAUUUGGCUCAACGAGUUCGCGCUAGCUGAGGUCAAGAUCAUCGAGCUCUGCAUCAAGAAAGCGGACCAGUUCCGCACUAGCCGUACUGAAACACGUCCUAAUACAGCGAAUGAUGCUUCGGCUACUGCGCAUGUUGCUAACAAUAUCGACUUGACAUCGCCAAACACUGAAGAUAGCUCAGCAACAGUACCCAGCUUACCAGCAGUAAGUGCAAGUAGGCCCUUCCAAUGGCAUGCACCUCCAUGGGCAGACCCGUCUUUGACACUGUUUGAGCCUACUGAUUUGCAACACUGGGAGCACGUGCUGGACAACAUCACACAAGAGCAAAUACUAUUUGGUUUCCAAUAG